AACUAAUUCGUGUUAAAAUAACCUAAUAAAAUAAUUAAAAUACUUAUUUAAACCACAGAUUAGAUAUUUAUUUGCUUAUGAGGUGACUUGUUAAACAAAAUCAUUAAAAAUGCCGUGUGAAAUGAUAACUCUUCAACUUGGCCAAUGCGGCAAUCAAAUCGGCUUUGAGUUUUGGAAGCGAUUAUGCGCCGAGCACGGAAUAAGUCCCGAAGGAAUACUCGAGGAAUUUGCAACUGAAGGUACUGACAGAAAAGACGUUUUUUUCUAUCAGUCAGAUGAUGAACAUUAUAUUCCUCGAGCGGUAUUGCUUGAUCUUGAACCUAGAGUUAUUCAUACAAUUAUGAAUUCACCGUACUCUAAAUUGUACAAUCCAGAGAAUAUUUAUUUAUCAAAGCACGGUGGAGGUGCUGGUAAUAACUGGGCUUCUGGAUACCACCAAGGAGAGAAACUCCAAGAAGAAAUUUUUGAUAUUUUAGAUCGUGAAGCUGAUGGAAGUGAUAGUCUUGAGGGAUUCGUAUUGUGCCAUUCAAUAGCCGGAGGAACUGGAUCGGGUAUGGGAUCAUUUAUGUUAGAGUCAUUGGCUGAUCGAUUUCCAAAAAAGUUGAUUGAAACCUACAGCGUGUUUCCCAAUCAAGAUGAAAUAAGUGAUGUCGUGGUUCAACCUUACAAUUCUCUGCUCACACUAAAAAGAUUAACUCAGUGUGCUGAUUGUGUUGUGGUACUAGAUAACACAGCUUUAAAUCGCAUUGCAUCGGACAGACUUCACAUUCAAAACCCCAGUUUCACCCAAAUAAACAAACUAGUGUCAACAAUAAUGUCUGUCAGUACAACUACGUUGAGAUAUCCAUCAUACAUGAAUAACGACCUGGUCGGUUUGAUCGCACCGUUGAUUCCGACACCGCGUCUACAUUUCUUGAUGACUGGAUACACACCGCUGACAACCGACCAAGAAGGACAGUCUGUCCGUAAAACCUCAGUACUGGACGUAAUGCGUCGCCUGCUACAGCCAAAGAACAUGAUGGUGUCUACAGCGCUCGACAGAAAUGCUUCACACUGCUACAUAUCAAUACUAAACAUAAUCCAAGGCGAAGUUGAUCCUACGCAAGUUCACAAAUCUCUCCAAAGAAUAAGAGAACGUAAAUUGGCCCAGUUUAUACCUUGGGGACCGGCUAGCAUCCAAGUCGCACUCUCCAGAAAAUCUCCGUACAUCCAAAGCGCUCAUCGCGUCUCCGGUCUCAUGCUCGCCAAUCACACGAAUAUAUCUUCGCUGUUUGACCGCGCUCUUCAGCAGUACGACAAGUUGCGCAAACGUGAAGCCUUCCUCGAGCAAUUCAAGAAGGAAAAAAUGUUCGAGGAUAAUUUAGACGAGCUAGACAAUUCGCGCGAAGUCGUGGAAUGUCUCGUUAAAGAAUACCAAGCUGCUACGAGACCUGACUACCUCACCUGGAGCCCCAACAAAGCUGAAUAAGAUAACUCAUAAUUUUACUAUUUCACUUGCCAUAAAUCAGUAAUUACACUUGAAUCUCAACUAACUUAUUGAAAACAUGAUUUAAAGUGCCAUGUUGAUUGUUAAUAGUAACAUUCCUGCUUAAAGUUACAGUAUUUUUUCUAAAUCCAAUAAUGAUUAUGAUUUAAAUGUGACUAAUAAAAUUAAUCUGUUAAAUUUAA